AUGAAGCUGCUCCUGCUUCUCACCGUGGUGGCCCUGGCACAGGGCCACGUGGUAAGGGUGCCCCUGGAGAAGACGAAGUCGCUGCGGGAGAGGCUGCGGGAACAGGGGCUGCUGGAGAGUUUCCUGGAGCAGCAUCCCUACAACCUGGCUGCCAAGUACUUUCCUGGAAUCGCCGUGGAGCCCCUGCAGAACUACAUGGAUGAUGAGUACUUUGGCACCAUCUCCAUUGGAACUCCACCCCAGAAAUUCACUGUUGUCUUCGACACUGGUUCCUCCAACUUGUGGGUGCCCUCAGUCUUCUGCUCCAGCCCAGGCUGCAGGAACCACAAGCGCUUCAACCCUGAGGAUUCCUCCACCUUCCUCAGCACCAACGACACCCUCUUCAUUGCCUAUGGCACAGGAAGCAUGACUGGAGUCCUGGGAUAUGACACUGUCAAUGUCGCAGGCAUCAGCAUCUCUGACCAGAUUUUUGGGCUGGCUGAGACUGAGCCAGGGGAUUUCUUCUACUAUGCUCCCUUUGAUGGCAUCCUGGGGCUGGCAUUCCCAAGUAUUGCCUCCUCUGGAGCCACUCCAGUCUUUGACAACAUGAUGAUGGAAAAUCUUGUGGAUAGGGAUAUCUUCUCUGUCUACCUGAGCAGGGAUGGCCAGCCUGGCAGCUUUGUCCUCUUUGGUGCCAUCGAUCCUUACUACACCACCAAAGGCAUCACCUGGAUCCCUCUCUCUGCCGAAACCUACUGGCAGAUCACCAUGGAUAGUGUCUCUGUGCAUGGGAAGCAGGUGGCCUGCUCCUCGGGGUGCCAGGCCAUCGUGGACACAGGCACCACACUGCUGACCAUGCCCGUCCGAGCCCUCAGGAUCCUCCUAGUCUCCCUUGGUGCCAGCUUCAACGGCGAGAUCAGCUGCCAGGCUGUCAGCAAGCUGCCUGAUGUCAUCUUCCACAUCAACGGCAAAGCCUUCCCAGUGCCACCCAGAGCCUACGUGUUAAGGAGUGAAGGGUCCUGCAGCGUUGGCUUUGAGGGCAUGGAUGCCCCCACGGAGGAGGGUGAGCUCUGGAUCCUUGGGGAUGUCUUCAUCCGCGAGUACUAUGUCAUCUUCAACAGAGCUGACAACAAGGUGGGGCUGUCCCCGCUGCCCUGA